ACUCGCUCAGGACAUCCGAUUGAACCGACCAUUUGUUGACGGUCAGAACGAGGCGAAAUCUAUUUGAAAUUGCUGCGGCGAAUUCAAGGUUGAUUGUGUUUAGGGUUGUCAUGGGAUUCAAGUCAGGAGUAGGAUUUUUUUCCAGGACUUGACUGGAAUUCAAUGCUCCAACGAGCUUUUUUCUUCGUCGUUUGACUCCUGAUCAACCAAUCACGACGGUCAGAAAUCAAACAAACACGACAAUCCGUACAAGCAACGGAGAGUCACCUCGGCGGGGGGUCUUUUUUUUUUACAUUUUUUUAAGCACCCAAAGACGGCAGUCAGCGCCAUAAAGCGGCGAGAUGAAUGGCCCGGCAGCAACACAAUGGCGCUAAAUUAAAUCACUGAUGUAACACUCGCCCGCCGACGGUCCUCCCCUUUCUGACAUCGCCCUCACAAGCGCUAGGACCUCUUUGUUCCGCCGCCUAAUGUAUUCUCAAUCCCGCGUCAGAAUCCCUGCGCCGCGUAUGGUCAAUUUCGGUUCAUUAUGCAAAUGAGAGUUGUCCCCUGACACGACCGAAUAAAGAAUUAGCUUUGUUUCUUUUCAUGCGGUCGUCGCCUCAAAGCACCCCUUCACUUGCGUGCGACGGGCUAACACGUGAGCAAAAAAAAAAAAAAAAAAAAGGACAUUGCCAUUUUUGGCACUGCUCCAUGAGAACAGGUGUUGUUAGAAAACGCACAAGCGGGUUAGUUUCCCCAGGGUGCCCCCCGGCCCCACCCCACCCCACUGAACACCCUCGUCUCAGGUGCAAGGUGUCAUGAGCAAGGCUGGACCACGGCCAGGAGGGGUCAUCUCUGACACCUGUCGCCAUGUCAAUGUGUUGAAGUUGGAAUUUUGUCACUGGCAUGCGCCACUUCGUUGAGUAUGCUUUCCCGCAUCCAGGGUUACGCCGCCACUGCGCCAUUAUAGCCCAGUCACGCUUUUGGUUAUGCUCUUUAGUUGACUCUCAUAGUUAUCGGACAUUGUUUCUUGUUUUGGAUCCUGCCUUCUUGCACUUUCGUUUAUAAUCAAAGCCACUGAACAUCAUGUCCUCGUCUUGGAGUCCUGCAUUUGGGUCCGCCCGUCCAGCGUUGGUUCGUGACACAAGGGGACACCUGCCCAGCGUGGGCGACGGGCGUCGGUGCCACUCACUGUGAGAUCCAUCAGCUGACCUCUGAGCGCACAUGCAAACAGUCCACAGCUGCUCCCCAAGUUCUCCGCUCAACUCGGGCACGCCUUUUUUGAGAAAUGACAUUUUCACCUCCGCCAGGCCCCCAAAAUGCAAACCAGAACGUCGUCGCGCAGGCCCGCGUCUCAGAUUUUGAUUUCCAUUUGAACGCUGACUCAAAUUGAGUGGACUUAGCGUUAAAUGUAAGACUAGACAAGUGCAACAAUGUGGAGACUCCUAAAAUCUUCUCCUUGGUCUUGCUCCAUAAAUCUUAGUCUGGGACGACCUUGACUAUUGACCUUGACAUGGUCCUCAACCUUUUUAAACAAAUUUUCCAGUGUUGAGUACGACAUAGUUCUGUCUGCAUGCAUUUUCAUCAAUUACCUUCAAACAUGUACGAUGUUUUUAGAAACAAAUAUCUGAAUCCAGAGGCGGCAGAACCAGGGGGCGCAAGGGUGCACCUGCCCACUCACCCCGCCCCCUUCCCGUCCCUUAUUUAUUAUUAUUAUUUUUUUGCACCGGGUGGUCGCCCAUCUGGAUUUUCUUUUGUCGGGCUGUCUUUUCCACUCGAGAGAUUUUCCCGUUCAAACGUCGAUGAGAUAAAUCGCACGGGUCCAAUCCACCCGCAACAUCCCGGGCAUCAGCGGGUGCGGCGGUGUGGAUGGAUUGGCGGGGGGAGGGGCGUUGGAUGCGAGCGGGUGAGGGGGGUAGAGGCGAGGUGGCGGGAUUCUGCGUCCAAGUGAUGCGCAUGCGCACAGGAGAGAGAGAUGGAGAGAAGAGAGGGAGAGAGAGCAAAGGGGAGGGGGCAAGCGGAGGAGGACGAGCCGAGCCACGUAGAGACGCAGUGGGGCCACAGUCCGAGCGCAUCGCCGCACCGACCGACGCGCCAGCAUCACUGCAGCUUCUUUCCUCCCCCCCCCUCAUCCUCCUCCCCAUCCUUUUCUCUAUUACCUUUUUUUUUUCCAUUUUGUCUCUCACCGAAUCGACCGAUCGAGAAGACGACUGUGUGGCUCGAGCCUUGCAGCAUGGAGACCUCGCCGAAAAACACGCACUAAAAACGUGACACUCACUGGGUGGAGAGAGCGCGAGAGAGAGCGAGAGUCUACGUGUGCACCGACCGAAAAUGAAGAAGUUCAACAUCAGGAAGGUGUUGGACGGCUUGAAAGAGGCGUCCUCCUCCUCCUCCUCGUCCUCCUCCACCCACUCCUCCGCCAACCCGUCGGUCCAAGUGGGCCUGCAGGAGAACCACCUGCUCCAGGAGCACCUCCAGUCCGAGCAUUUCCAGCUCUGUAAGACCGUCCGUCAUGGCUUCCCGCACCAGCCGUCGUCCAUGGCCUUCGACCCGGUGCAGAAGAUCCUGGCCGUCGGCACGCAGAGCGGAGCCCUCAGAUUGUUCGGUCGUCCGGGUGUGGAGUGUUACUGCCAGCACGAGAGCGGGGCGGCAGUCAUCCAGCUCCAGUUUCUCAUCAACGAGGGGGCGCUGGUGAGCGCCCUGGCGGACGACACCGUGCACCUGUGGAACCUGAGGCAGAAGAGACCGGCUAUUCUGCACUCGCUCAAGUUCAGCAGAGAGAGGAUAACCUUUUGCCACCUGCCCUUCCAGAGCAAGUGGCUGUACGUCGGCACCGAACGGGGGAACAUCCACAUCGUCAACGUGGAGUCCUUCAUGCUCUCAGGCUACGUCAUCAUGUGGAACAAAGCCAUUGAACUGUCCUCCAAGGCCCACCCUGGACCCGUCGUCCACAUCAGCGACAACCCCAUGGAUGAGGGCAAGCUGAUAAUUGGAUUCGAGUCCGGGAUCGUGGUCCUGUGGGAUCUCAAAUCAAAGAAGGCCGACUAUCGCUACACUUAUGAUGAGGCGAUCCACUCGGUUGCCUGGCAUCACGAGGGCAAGCAGUUCGUGUGCAGUCACUCAGACGGGACGCUGACCAUCUGGAACGUGAGAGGGCAGGGCAAGCCCGUGCAGACAAUCACGCCCCACGGAAAGCAGCCCAAGGAUGGAAAGAAGCCGGAGCCUUGUAAACCCAUUCUCAAAGUGGAGUACAAAACCACCAGGAUCGGGGAGCCUUUCAUCAUCCUGUCCGGCGGUCUCUCUUACGACACGGCGGGCCGGCGGCCGUGCCUGACGGUCAUGCACGGGAAGAGCACGGCCGUGCUGGAGAUGGACUACCCCAUCGUGGACUUCCUCACCCUGUGCGAGACGCCGUACCCCAACGACUUUCAGGAACCUUACGCCGUGGUGGUCCUCCUGGAGAAGGACUUAGUGGUGAUCGACCUCGCACAAAACGGCUACCCCAUCUUUGAGAACCCCUACCCUCUGACCAUCCACGAGUCGCCGGUGACCUGCUGCGAGUACUUCGCCGACUGCCCCGCGGACCUCGUGCCAGCGCUUUAUUCGGUUGGCUCGCGACAAAAGCGCCAGGGCUACAGCAAAAAGGAGUGGCCCAUCAGUGGCGGCAACUGGGGUCAAGGCACGCAAAGCUACCCGGAGAUCAUCAUCACGGGGCACGCUGAUGGAACGGUGAAGUUUUGGGAUGCCUCUGCAAUAAUGCUCCAGGUGCUGUACAAGCUGAAAACGGCCAAGGUGUUCGACAGGAGCCGCUCCAAAGAGGACAGGGGGGCCGCCGAGGCGUCCGACGAGGACCCCUUCGCCAUCCAGCUGAUGGCCUGGUGCGCCGAGAGCCGCGCGCUGUGCGUGGCGGGCGUGUCGGCCAACGUCAUCGUCUACCGCUUCAGCAAACUGGAGGUCACCACGGAGGUGGUGCAGCUAUUAGAGGUGCGAAUGCAGUACGAGCUGAACGACAUCGAGUCCCCCGAGGGCGGCGUUGGGGAGCAACCGUCGGGACACCCCACCCCGGGCGGCUCCCCGCAGACGAGCGGUCCGCCGUCACACCCCUCCAGCAGCAGCAGCAACUCCGACGGCAGCAACGUGCCCUGCCUCAAGGUGCGGAGUACUCCGCUGAAGCAGUCUGCGGGGUACCAGGUGGACUUGGUGGUCCAGCUGGUGUGGGUGAGCGGGGAACCUCCUCAGCAGAUCACCAGCCUGGCUCUUAACUCCUCCUACGGCCUGGUGGUGUUUGGGAACAGUAACGGUGUUGCGGUGGUGGAUUAUAUCCAGAAGACCGUGGUGUCGAACCUGGGGACGCUUGAGCUGUACGGGUCCAACGAUCCCUACCAGAGGCAACCGCGUUCACCCAGAAAGUCUCGACAGCCCUCUGGAGGGCUGUGCGACAUCAACGAGGGCUCGGCGACGUCAGAGGACCGCUGCAAGUCUCCCACUUCAGACCACCGGGACAACUCCUUCAGCCGCUCGCGUUCCUCCAGCGUCACCAGCAUCGACAAGGAGGCCAAGGAAGCCGUCCUCUCCUUCCACUUCUGCGAGAGCUACGCCCGCAAGGGGGACGGCGCCCCGUCGCCGUGCCUGUUCGCGGGGACCUCGCUGGGGACCGUCCUGGUUCUGGCCCUCACGCUGCCGCUGGCCGGGGAGCAGAGGCAGCUGCAGCCCGUUGUCCUUUCGCCCACAGGGAUGUUGAUCCGACUCAAGGGAAGCAUCUUACGGUUGGCUUUCUUGGACUCCGCCGGCGCCCUCUUGCCCCCGUACGACCCUUGGUCCGAACCCAACGUCUCGGCGGACGGUGAAGAAAGGGAGAAGGUCCGCAAACGCCGGCCCGUGUCGGUUUCCCCCUCCGGCUCCUCGCAGGACCUUAACGAGAGCCACUACGCCGUGAUGUGCUCGGAGAAGCAGGCCAAGGUGCUGUCGCUGCCCAGCCAGACGUGCAUCUACAAGCACAGCAUCACGGAGGCCUCCUUCGUCCUACGCGCUGACGUGGUCCAGAUGAGCCGAGGCGUGUGCCUUGCCUGCUUCUGUGCUAACGGCCACAUUAUGACCCUUAGUCUACCGGGACUGAGACCCCUCAUGGACGUAAACUACCUGCCUCUAACGGACAUGAGGAUAGCCAGGACCUUCUGUUUCACAAACCUGGGUCAGGCCAUGUACCUCUGCUCCCCCACCGAAGUGCAGAGGAUCACAUACAGCCAGGACACCUGCGAGAACCUACAGGAAAUGCUUGGUGAAUUGUUUACACCAGUGGAAACUCCGGAGGCUCCCAACAGGGGCUUCUUCAAAGGUCUUUUUGGAGGCGGAGCACAGUCACUAGACAGAGAAGAGCUAUUUGGCGAGGAAGUCGCCGGACGAGCCUCCCGGAGCCUGGCCCAGCACAUCCCGGGCCCCGGCGGCAUCGAGGGCAUGAAGGGGGCGGCGUCCGGCGUGGUGGGGGACCUGGCCCGCGCCCGGAUAGCGUUGGACGAGCGAGGGCAGAAGCUCGGCGAGCUGGAGGAGAGGACGGCGGCCAUGAUGGCCAGCGCCGACAACUUUUCCAAACACGCCCACGAGAUGAUGCUGAAGUGCAAAGACAAAAAAUGGUACCAGUUCUGAUGGCCCUCGGUGCCGAUUGCGACCCGCCGCUCCGUUCCGUUCAGCCAUUCCCCCCGCCCCCCGCCCCCCGCCCCCCCCCCUCCGAGCCUUUCUUCGUUCGCUCAGACACUUGGGAUUUUUCUUCCCUUAGCACAACGUCCCAAACUGUUCUUACCUCACUCUCGUUCGUUGAGGGUUGGGGGGAGGAGGAGGAGGAGGAGACACAGGGGAGCAAGCAUAUUAUUUAUGUGUGCGUAUCCGUGUGUGUGUUUCCCAUAUUCGUCUUUUUAAUUUGUUUUCCGCACAAAACUCGGACGCAAGUCUCCAUUCUCGUUUUGCCAAACCGUCCCUCGGACUGAUGUCAGUGUUCAAACUGGACUAACAGCUCACACUUGGGAAUAUUGUACAAAUGUACAAAGAAAAAGAGAAAAAAAAAUUAUCGAAAUAUGUCACGAUAUAUACAUACAAAUCUAAAUGUUGCAACGCUGUAAUUCACUUCAGGGCGACCGUUACGGAAACAAAAAAAGGGGGGGGGGAGACAGGAAGUGACACCGCGGCGACGGAUCCUCUAUGCAGAGAGAUUUUUUUUUUUUUUAAUGAUUGUUUUGUUUUUUUUUUCUCCACCUCUUGCUCGACUUCCAGACAGUAGAAAAAUGUGUCCAAAAAUCCUUUCCCCUUUGCUGUUUCCUCUUCACGUCCCCCGUGUUUAUUAUGAAUGGUUUUUGCUCUCGUGGCUCUGUCAAUAUUGCCGGAAAAGCUCUUAUUUUUCUAUGGUUGUGAUAGGAAGUGCUAUUUUUGUUAUGGACUUGAUUUGUGCGCGUCUGGCUUUCGUCUCACGUUUUGGUUUCUCCUUUAACGAAAAGGGCUGGAAUCUACAAGGAGGCCGAGGAUAAACAAGACAUAAUGUAGUAUAGAUAUAUAGAUAUAUAUAUAGAUAAUACAUAAACGCUCAUCUGUUAAGUAUUGUUUGACCUUCAGUGUACAAAUGCUGCUCGGAUUACUGUUAAUACACAAUUCCCAUGUCAUUUUUUUUUUUAUGUGUACUCCAGUCAAAAGAAAAAAAUACAUUCAAUAACCUUUAUUUUUGUAAAUUCCUGUCAUUGUUUGGUGCCAGGAAAAGUUAAUAUUUCGCCCUCCCUACCCCCAUUACAUGAAGGCAGAUUUCUCUAUCGGGUUAGCUUAGUGACGUGCGACAAUCUGGAAAGUAAUACAAACAUUGCGUUACAUAAAUACAAAUAUUGCGUGAAAAGAGGCCAUUUAUUAUUUCCGAUGCCAAAGACUUACGUUCAAGCUUCAUUUAUUAUUAUUAAUAAUACGAUCCAAAUUCUUCGCUCAUCCGUAAAAGAAGGAAUGUUGACUUUAAUGCGGCACGUCAACAAAUCUAUUUUGUUAGCUUCUAUUUUUGUUGAGCAAAUGUUAUUACUUAUGAAUAUUACGAAUGAAAAGUUGUAGAGUACGUUUGUAAUACUUUAUUUGGAGAAAAAGUCCGAUUGUUAAAUAUAAAGAAUAUAAAGCUUAAAGUGAAAAGUGUGAAAAUUAUGUGAGAAAUUAUGUAAGACUCAUAUAGUAAUACGAGUCUUUAUUUUUCAAGGAAAAAAUAGGAAAAAUCAAUAUUACCAGAAAAAAGUAACUUGAAUAUUGUAGGAAUGAAAGUUGGAAUAUUUUUUUUCCAAAAAUGUUGCCAUUUUUUGUGAAUAAAAUUGAAAUGUGAGAAAAGUUGUACAGUAGUAAAAAUAAAUAAAUAAAUAAAUAAAUCUAUACUGCAAAUUUCCGGGGAAAGGCAAUAUUGUGUAAAAUCACUGGAAUACACGCGUAGCGGGAGAAAAGUAUUACUUAAAAAAAUAAAAUACAAUUUGACGUGAAAUGUAUAUUAAAGUCAAUAUUUCUUUUUUUUCACAUAUGUAAGAAUUGUUUACUUAAGGUCAGUUCAUAUCCAUUGGAAUGUGAUUUUUUUAUUUAUUUAUUAUUUAUUUUUUUGUUUUACACAAAGCGUGGGGCAGUUUUCUGCUCUCAGAUUCAUUUUUCUAAAUCCUUUGUAUGUAUAUCGCAAUUUUUAAUACAGCCCACGUCUUCAUUUUCGACCAAGCUGCCGCGCGUCCCCUUUAAAAACUGCAGUUUUUUUCUGUGUGGAUCACAUCAGAAGGGAAUUGUCAACAUUGUAUUCAUGAGGCAGUACUUCACAAAUAUGUAUGUAUGUAUGUAUAAAAACAGCAAAAACCUGCUCCAACUACCACUGAACAUUAUGUUAAUGUUUUUUUUUUUCCCUUUUCUUUUACAUCUUUCCGACCUUUCGUCGGGCUUUUGCUUCCGGAAUGUGUUCUUCCGUUUCAUAAUUCAUGUCGAUGUCCCCGGUCUGCAGUUUUGUGUACUUGCAGGUGUAUUUCGUACCAACUCAAGCCUGCAAUAACGCUAAUGUACAGUGAAC